CUUAAUUUCGCCCAGGAUUCUCUCUAUUCCCUUAACACAUCACUGUUGGGCUUAUGAAAAUAAAGAGUACGCCUAACCAUGAUUAUCUGCACUUAAUCUUUACUUGAAAUGCGCCGCUUCGAAAGAAUUUACGAUGUGGUAGAGCCUGUUGAAGAGUAUCGCCGUGGGGGUUAUCAUCCUGUGCACCUUCACGAUGUAUUUCACCAAAGAUACGAAAUUAUUGGUAAACUAGCUUUUGGCCAAUACUCAACGGUAUGGCUCGCGAAGGAUCAAAAAAUAGACUCGCAACAGGUCAUAUUGAAGGUUCUAAAAGCAGAAGAAUCCGCACACAACAGGGAGCUUUCUAUCCUUCUGACUCUCUCAGAUUCAGAAGUGGAGCACGCUGGAAAAAGACAUGUAACUGAACUUCUCGACUACUUUUAUCAUACAGGACCAAAUGGAACUCACCUGUGUCUUGUUUCCCCUGUGAUGAUAUCAGAUGGGGAAGCAAUGACAAUCAGCGGGAAUCCGCAAGACGCAGGGUAUCUUCGGGCUAUCUCCCGCCAACUUUUGCUGGGUCUUGAUUUUCUUCACCAGUCAGGCAUCGUUCAUUGUGAUCUUCAACCAGCAAACAUUCUGUUCUCAGUUGCGGGGACUACGGACAUGGAAGCCUUGUUACAGCCUCCCGAGUUCAGCCCAGUUAAGUGGUUGGAAGGAGUGACCGAAGAUGAAAGUGCCCCCAAAUAUUUGAUGCCUACCCAAAGGCGCCGGGGCCAGUUGAGUAAGGCGCAUUUCUCAACGCUUGAGGUUAGGAUCGGGGAUCUGGGCGGAGCUCAAUAUGUCCAACGCUGUGACCAAAAACCAGUAACACCUUUGGGAUUGCGUGCACCUGAACUGAUACAACAACCUACCGAUGAUACUGCUGUAGCUACUGCUAUAGAUAUCUGGACCUUGGGUUGUUUGAUAUUUGAAUUUGCAACGAACGAGCCAUUGUUCCCUCUGGAUACAUUUGGCCUGACACGAGAGGAGAUAGACAAUGACCAUCUUUCUUUUAUCGAGCAAAGACUCGGUUCGAAUAACCAGAAGGAUGGGGACUUCAGAUUGUAUCUCGAAGAGAGAUUACCGGAGAACUUUGGUGCGGGGAAUGUGGAGACUCUCACUUCGUUCCUUUCCCUUAUGUUGCAGAAGGACCCUCACGAACGAUUACCGGCGAAAGAGUUACUUCAGACGCAAUUCAUGACGGAUGAAAAUAAGACUUGAGCGCUCUUCAGCUGUGCAUAUCCGCGAAACAUAGUUCACUGAUUUUGAAAAGCUUUUAAUAGAUUAGGGAUAGAAUAGUUUGGGUCUAAUUUUGUCACCGCUGGUUCUUGCCCGCUAUUUCGAGAUAUACUAGUCACACUACAGUUAGUAGAAUAU